AUGUCUUACGAUCGAGUUCUCCCCAAGCCUGUUGCUCAGCAUUAUGAUUCACCCCAAGUCUCUCUAUCAAGGCCAACCAGCAACCUACUCGAACACAAGAUCAUGAACGACGACAUUGUCAUGGCCGAGCAUCGGCCAGAGCCUGUCCCUACUCCCUCUUAUCGUUACGCAGAGAGUCUGCCUAAGGUCAACCUGCUGUCGCUCCAUCGGUCCAGAGUUGGCGGGAACCAGGCGUCUCCUUCGCCCCCAACUCCCCUCGAAGCUCCCAGACCAGCCACUGCUCUGUCGUCCAAGACCGUCCUGUAUCGAGACCAGUCUUCAGUGUCCGAGCGUUCAUCGUCUUCCAGCCCAGUAAAGUCGGCAGCUCCCACUCAGCCACCCAGUUCUGUCUAUGUGAACCGGACCACAAGAUUGCUCGACCACGUAAUUGUUUCAUUCUCUACCGUCAGCAUUAUCAGGCAGCGGUGGUAG